UGUAAGUCACCCUUUAAAACAGUCUUUCAGCGGUUGAGCAAAGUGUUAUUCUUUCACGUAUUUUUAGAAAAUAUUAUGGUAACAAAGCCAGUAUAUUGGAAUUAUAUCGCAUAUUAGUUGACGUCCAUUGUUUCGUGGAUCUCCGGGGGACUUUCCAAAGCAGAGAAUCCACAAGUUAUGCAGAAAAUGAGCUACUUCUUCCCCUUGCUUUGUAUCUGUGUGGACGUGUGCGUUGUCCACGCUGUUCGCCUGGCCCAGCUCUCACCUCUCCUCCUCCACCAUCCUUUCAUCACCCUAUGGGGGGGAGCUCUGACCAGGGUCAUCGUCCUGGUUUUUCUCGCCUUCACCUAUCCCGGAGGUCUCCCGUGGGUUAGAAGCUUUGAGGGGCUUCAAAGCAUAGGUGUCCUUUGUUUCCACUUCCCAGUGUACACCACGUUUCUCUGGCAGCUGGGGCAAUCCACUGUGGGGGAACUGUGGGGAUGGCACUCCUGGGAAAGGGUGUUACAGGGAUAUGCUGUGACAGCAGUGGCGUGGCUCUACUGGAGUCGAUACAUCUCAUCCUUUAUGACCAGAGCUCAGUCUGAGCAGAAGAAGGAGAAGCCCAGACAAGACAGUAGAGCCUCUCUGAAGAGGUUGAUGGGAUACAUGCUGCCGUAUACCGGACGCUUCAUUGUCGUGUUGGCUCUAGUGGUUCUAUCAUCCUAUGGUGAGAUGGCUAUACCUCAGUACACUGGUCGGAUGGCAGACUGGAUCAUAAAUGAAGAAGCACCUGAUGCCUUCUCCCAGGCCAUCACGAUCAUGACACUAUUGACCUUUGCUAGUGCUGUGUUUGAGUUCAUGUGCGACCUGACCUACAACAUCACCAUGAGCCUCAUUCACACCUCAGUGCAGGGAGCCGUUUUCCAGGCUGUGCUCAAACAGGAGAUCGCUUUCUUUGAUGCUACCCCCACAGGUGAGCUUGUUUCCCGUAUUACCACGGACACCAAUGACAUGAGCGAGGCGCUGAGUGAGAAGCUGAGUCUCCUGAUGUGGUACACGGCUCGUUUCGGCUUCCUGCUGUACUUCAUGGUGAGCCAGUCGUGGAAAAUGACCCUGCUGACCUGUAUGGGACUUCCCAUCAUCUGGGUCAUCCCUGAACUCACCGGACAUUUCCACCAGACUAUUGCUAGGAAAGUGCAGGAGUCUUUGGCCAAAGCCAAUCAGGUGGCCACAGAGACCUUCUCCAACAUGAAGACAGUGAGGAGCUUUGCCAACGAGGACGGCGAGACGGAGAAAUACAGGCAGCGGCUGGACGAAACAUACAGUCUGAAUAAGCAGGAGGCAGUUGCUUAUGCUGCUUCUACCUGGGCCAACAGUAUGACCACUUUGGCCUUGAAGGUGUGUAUUUUGUACUAUGGGGGGACCCUUGUGACCCGGGGGGUUGUUAGCAGUGGAGAUCUGGUCUCAUUUGUUCUCUAUGAGCUUCAGUUCGCUUCAGCUGUUGAGGCUGUCAUGCGCUACUAUCCAGAGGUUAAAAAAGCAAUUGGUGCCUCUGAGAAGAUUUUUGAAUACCUUGAUAGAAAACCUAAAAUACCUCCUCCUGGCAGUUUGGACCCAGAGGAUUUUAAAGGACACGUUCAGUUUAAAAAUGUUCGGUUUUCCUAUUCUGGAAAGACGGAUGAAAACAGUCUUGUGCUUAAGGAUGUGUCUCUGGAGGUCACGCCGGGCAAAAUCACUGCACUUGUGGGACUUAAUAGAUCAGGGAAGACAACCUGUGUAAAGCUUCUUGAGAGGUUUUACCAGCCCCUGUCUGGAGAAAUUCUGCUGGAUGGAAAACCACUGAAAGAUUAUAAAGACCAGUAUCUUCAUGAAAAGAUUGCUGUAGUGAGCCAGGACUGCGUGUUGUUUGCUCGCUCUGUCCGGGAGAACAUCAAGUAUGGCUGCGAGGGCGCCUCAGACGAGGACAUGUUCAGAGCUGCCGAGCAGGCUAGCGCUCACAAGUUCAUUAGUGAACUUUCAAAAGGAUACGACACAGAUGCUGGAGAGAAGGGGGGUCAAGUUUCUGGAGGGCAAAAACAACGUAUUGCUAUUGCCAGGGCUUUGAUCAGAAAUCCAAAAAUCUUGAUCCUGGACAACGCCACCAGCGAUUUGGACACGGAAAAUGAAUAUCAGGUCCGUGAAGCGUUGGCGAAGCUGGCAGAGGAAUGUUCUGUGCUGAUGAUCUCAAACAAGAUGAGUGUCGCAAAGACAGCCAGUCAUAUCAUUGUCCUCAACAAUGGGGAAGUGGAGGAGGAGGGCAGUCAUGAUUUUCUAAUGGAGAAAGGCGGCCUCUAUGCAGAAAUGGUAAAGAAACAGGAAGAGGGCUUCAAGCGACCAAAGGAGGAGAGCAAAGAUGAGCAGUGACCCAAAAAUAGACGGUUAUCGGAGUGAAAACUCAGCCUAACAUUUAUUGUUGAGAAUACUCUUAAUAGGGGACUUCAGUUCUACUAUAAAUGUUUGCUGGAGUUUGCUUCAGUAAGACAAUCGCACCUUAAACAACGGGAAACCACUCCUAAAGAUUUUGGAUUGCCUACAUGUUAAAACCUCUGUUAGAACAUUCUAUCACAAGGAUCUAUCAAAAAGUACCCCUAGUUGAAAUACAAACUCAAAAGCCACAAAACAUAAAAAGAACACAGUUAAUUCGGUGUGUUAUCAUUACAUUGUCCAAUUCUAGAUCCUUGCUUCACAACUUUCAUAUUCCGCAAAAAAACAACCACAUACUGUUUUCUUCAAAAACGUGGAAAUUAUUUAUUUUGUACAGAAUAUAAAGAGUUGAAUGAUAAUAAAUGGCCUUUUAAUAUAUUUGGU